CAGAAACCUGCGGGCAGAGACAGCGCCGGGCCUCAGCACCGCGCCGGGCCUCAGCACCGCGCCGGGCCUCAGCACCGCGCCGGGCCUCAGCACCGCGCCGGGACGGGCGGGGUGGAGCGGCCCUCACCGUGGCUCCGGUAGGCCACUAGGAGCGGCGGCACGUAGGGAUCGUGACAGCGACAGGCCCGGCCGCCCAGCACGAGCCCCUGCCCGCCCGCAUACGGGGCCCUCCCGCCGCUGGCUCCGCUCCCCGCCGGCCCGCGCCAUGAAGUGGAUGUUCAAGGAGGACCAUGCGCUGGAGCACAGAUGUGUCGAGUCGGCAAAAAUCCGAGCCAAAUACCCUGACCGUGUCCCGGUCAUAGUGGAGAAAGUCUCAGGAUCUCAGAUUGUUGAUAUUGACAAGAGGAAGUACUUAGUUCCAUCGGACAUCACUGUGGCCCAGUUCAUGUGGAUCAUCAGGAAGAGGAUUCAACUGCCAUCUGAGAAAGCAAUAUUCCUCUUUGUAGACAAGACUGUCCCACAAUCCAGCUUAACUAUGGGACAACUUUAUGAGAAGGAAAAGGAUGAGGAUGGAUUCUUGUACGUUGCCUACAGUGGAGAGAACACAUUUGGUUUCUGAAUGGUGGGUCUUGGCUACUAUUCCAUCCUGCUGUGUAUCUUGUAAAUAGCUGAUCAUUUUCUGUUCUGACAUCCACAGAAGUUCCUUCUAUAUACAUGCAUUUGUAACUGGAUUUAUUUCUUAAUAUAUUGCUAGGUCUUGUUUUAUUAGACUGUUAAAUUAUCAAAAGAAAGUUCUGUUGUUUCUGUGCGUUUUUUUUUCUCAUGGCUAUGAAUUCCCAGAGCCUCACUCCUUUGGGGGAUACACUUGACAUCACUGAUAAAUAAUAAAGCAAAGUAGUUGGACUACUAAAACAUGAAAAGAAGAAUAUGCAUUUAUUCUGUUUUGAGGUGUUAGUUUAAUAAAACCAUUAAAUUAGUAUUGGGAACACUGGAUUUGCUAGCUUAUCGUAAGCAGGAGCAAGAUGCUGAUCAUGUUGAAUUGAGCUAAUAUGUUCCUCCUUCUCAAUUAACAAACAAGUACAAUAAAAAUUCCUAUCACAAACA